AGAGGGAUAAAACAAGGGAUGGAGGAGAUGGAGAGGGAGAAGACGAGGGAGGAGAUGGACUUUUUGUCGGCAUUGCCGGAGUGUCUCCUAACAGCCAUCCUCUCUCGAACAUCCCCUCGGGACGUGUGCCGUUCGUCGGCGGCCUCGAAGGAACUCAGGUCCGUCGCCGAGUCCGACGCCGUGUGGGAAAGAUUCCUGCCGUCCGAUCAUGGGGACAUCAUAUCGGGAUUGGCAUAUGGUCCCGCGGCUUUCUCCACCAAGAAACAACUCUACGAAAGCCUGACAGAGAUUGUCCUCAACGUUGGCGAACGGCAGAGAUUCAAAAUAGAUAAAGGUAGUGGAAAAAAGCGUGUUGUGCUGGAAGCUCGGGAGCUUGCAAUUACAUGGGGAAGUGUUCCUGAAUAUUGGGAAUGGAUACGUUUACCUCGGACAAGUAUGUGUAGAUCGUCGGAGGUGCCCGAGCCUCCGGAAGAGCGUUUGUUCGAUCUUAAAGGCAAGAUAGAGGCUCGGUUGUUGUCGCCAGAAACCACGUAUGUAGCAUACCUUAUGUUCAAAACUUGGGCAAGCUAUGGGUCUCUCGGCCGAGCGAAGACAUAUGUAAGAUUUGCUGGGAAAAAAGGAGAUGGCUAUGAGACCACCAACAUUGUUAAUCUGGAACCGGCAAAAUCAAGUCAUCAUCUGCGUAAAAGAACAGAAGGGUGGAUGGAGAUUGCAUUGGGAGAGUUUUUCACUGGUCAAGGAGAUAACGGCGAAGUGGAGAUCCGGUUGAUGGAGGUCGAACAAGGAAACUGGAAAGGUGUCAUCAGUGUACAAGGCAUUGUGCUUCGGCCUAAAGUUUGAUUCCUAAAUGAAAAGGGUAUGUUUGUUUAGUGUAUAUACCAAACCAAACCGAGUUUUACGUCCCAAUCACUUGGGGUCGGUUACAUGAAUCUAUUUCCUCCAUUGUUCUGUGUAUAUAUAUCAAUUUAUUUCUUUAUUCUUGUAGGCAUGGUUGGAAAGGUGUCAUCUGUACAAGCAUAAUUCACAUAAGUGUCUAUAUUUACAACUACGUUAAUACUCUUUGUACUUAGCAUACACACUUGUAUAUAUUUGAAUACAUGAUUAAUUAAUUCUAUGCUUCAA